AUGUUGAUGAUGCGUCGUGCGUGCGACUUUGUGGUCUUAGCCGUAGUUUUAGCUGUGUCUUCAACUGAAGCAAAGAUAAUUGAAUUUGACUCUUGUGGAUCUAUCAUUAGACCGAUAAUAGGGAAAUACCUACAGAUUGACAUAACUCCAUGUGACUCUGAACCUUGUGUCUUCCGCGUAGGAGCCAAUGUUACCGCCAAAAUCACCUUCAUUCCUGAAGAAACUGUCCAAGAUGGUCUCAUCGAAUUGGUGGCUAUAUUUCCUAGAGGGGAGAGACUACCAUGGCCUCUGAAAAAUCCCCUUGCUUGUGAAGACCACAAUCUUAACUGUCCUUUGAAACCGAAAGAGUCUGCCACAGCGAUCAUACAGACUCGCGUUAUAGAAGAUAUACACGGAAGCUACAAGCUUGUUGCUCAAGUUUACAUGGCCGAAACAGUGCUGCAAAACUAUGUUUUCUGUUUCAGAAUACCUCUACAAGUAACUUACUAG